UCUCCGCCGGACCGGUAUGCACUAUCCGCCGAGGAGGAAGUGAGCAGCGCCAACCGUGAAAGAUGCAGGCGGAGGACAUGGAGGUACCUAUCAUUAAUAACCUUAACGAUAACGGCGACAGACAGAGGCCGAAAGGGAAAGAUGUGUUCAAGGAUCAGCAGAAGGAGUCGGAGAGCUCCAUGGAGUCUCCCAACCUGGAGUUUGAGUAUGGAGACACCGACACACUCACUGCUGAGCUUUCAGAGCUCUACAGUUACACAGAGGAGCCGGAGUUUGCCCUGAACAGAGACUACUUUGAGGAGGACUUCAAGAGCCAUGCUCGAGGCAGGAGGUGGAUCGAGCUGACGGUCGAGGAACAGAGGGCGUACGUGAUGAGGCUGCUGGACGCGCUGGAGGUGACGGACAGAGACAAGAGGCUGAAGGUGGCCAGGGCCAUCCUCUACCUGGCUCAGGGAGUGUUUGAUGAGUGUGACACAGAGGUGGAUGUGCUCCACUGGUCCAGACACAACGUCUUUCUGCUCUACGACAUGGGCAUCUUCACGGCACUGCUGGAGCUGCUCACUAUGGAGAUAGAUAACAGCCAGGCAUGCAGCAGUGCAGUGAGGAAGCCUGCCAUCUCUCUUGCAGACAGCACAGAGCUCAGAGUGUUACUGAGCAUCAUGUACCUAAUGGUGGAGACCAUUAGAGUUCAAACAGAGGACGACCGACCUGAGUGGAUAGCAGCCAGAGAGGCCUUCAAGAAUGAGUUAGGUUCACCUCUGUACAACGGAGAGCCUUUUGCCCUGCUCCUCUUCACCAUGGUGACCAAGUUCUGCAGCAUGAAUGCCCCACACUUCCCCAUGAAGAAAGUACUUCUGCUGCUUUGGAAGACAAUACUGUUCACCUUGGGGGGUUUCGAGGAGCUCCAGGAGAUGAAGGUGCGGGGCAGGGAGCGUCUCAACCUGCCUCCACUACCAGAGGACAGCAUCAAGGUGGUCCGGGCCAUGAGAGCAGCCUCGCCCCCGGCCUCCGCCAUGGAGCUCAUCGAACAGCAGCAGCAGCAGAAGAGGGGCCGCCGCAGCCGCAGGAGUGCCUUUGUUGAUAGCUUGGAAGGAGACAGUCCCUUUCCCAAGAAGCAGCCCCUGGUCAAACAGGACAGCCUGGAUACGUACAACGAGCGGGACCCCUUCAAGAACGACGACGCCCGGGACGAGGAGGAGGACCCAGAGGACACGGACAGCGGCAUUGAGGGCGAGGUGGACCCCCUGGACCGUGAUGUCAUCAUCCAGCCUCCACCACCACCGCCGCCUCUGAGAUCUCAGACAGAGAGGGUCAACUUCCCCAAGGGCCUCCCCUGGGCCCCUAAAGUCAGGGAGGAAGACAUCGAGCACUUCCUGGAAACCAGCAGAAACAAGUUCAUCGGCUUUACUCUGGGAAAUGACACAGAGACCUUGGUGGGCUUGCCCAGACCCAUCCAUGAGAGUGUCAAGACUCUUAAACAGCACAAAUAUGUGUCUAUCGCCGAAGUCCAGAUCAAGAGGGAGGAGGAGCUCCAACAGUGUCCACUGACUCUGGGUGAAGAGGAGGUGGAGGAGACACCAACAGAGAUGCUGUAUCUGGGCAUGCUGCCUAACCUCUCCCAGUAUGUGAUUGCCCUCCUGAAGCUGCUGCUGGCCGCAGCUCCCACCUCCAAAGCCAAAACUGACUCUAUCAACAUCCUGGCUGAUGUGCUGCCUGAGGAGAUGCCUAUCACAGUCCUUCAGAGCAUGAAGCUGGGAAUUGACGUGAACCGUCACAAGGAAAUCAUCGUCAAGGCCAUCUCUGCUCUGCUGCUGCUGCUCCUCAAGCACUUCAAACUCAACCAUAUCUAUCAGUUCGAGAUUGUCUCCCAGCACCUGGUGUUUGCCAACUGCAUCCCACUCAUCCUCAAGUUCUUCAACCAGAACAUCAUGUCUUAUAUCAGUGCCAAAAACAGUAUCUGUGUGCUGGACUUUCCUCACUGUGUGGUCCACGAGAUGCCCGAGCUCACAGCUGAGAGCUUGGAAGCAGGAGACAGCAACCAAUUCUGCUGGAGGAACCUGUUCUCUUGUAUCAACCUGCUGAGAAUCCUGAACAAGCUGACCAAGUGGAAACACUCUAGGACCAUGAUGCUGGUGGUGUUCAAGUCUGCCCCCAUCCUGAAGAGAGCUCUGAAAGUCAAACAGGCCAUGAUGCAGCUCUACGUUCUCAAGCUGCUAAAGAUCCAGACCAAGUACCUGGGCCGCCAGUGGAGGAAGAGCAACAUGAAGACCAUGUCGGCCAUCUACCAGAAAGUCCGUCACAGGCUCAAUGACGACUGGGCCUAUGGAAAUGAUAUUGACGCACGGCCCUGGGACUUCCAGGCGGAGGAGUGCGCCCUGCGUGAGAGCAUCGAGAAGUUCAACAGCCGCCGCUAUGACAAGAACAAGAACGGGGACUUCACGCCCGUGGACAACUGCCUGCAGAGUGUGCUGGGUCAGCGUGUGGACCUGCCCGAGGACUUCCACUACAGCUAUGAGAUGUGGCUGGAGAGAGAGGUGUUCUCCCAGCCGAUCCAGUGGGAGGGGCUGCUGCAGAAUCCGUGAUGGAGGGGAGAGGAGAGGCUUGGAGAGAGUCAGGAGGUGGGGAUGUGGAAGUGCAGAGGUCACAACGGAGUGCUUUAAAGGUUGUGGUGUUACAGAAAAAAAUGGAGUCUGAUGAGAAGAAGAGGAGGGAGGAGAGGGGGUUAUUCAGCACAUCAGUGAUGUGGAGAGAAGGGGUAAAAAAAAGAAAAGAAACCAGAGCUGAAGAAGUCACCUUCCAAGGCCAUACAGUGAUCCGAGGAGAUGGAAAAGAAAAUGGAGCAACGCUGACGAGCAAAUGGAGUUUCCUGCGGUGAGCUCGGCAUACACACACGCACACAAACACACACUCGAACGCUUGAUGCUAACAUGUGCCUAUGACUACUGUGAACACACAUGGAUGCGACAGGCAAGAACAGAGGUAGCAAUUCAUAAGAAACAUCUGGUAUCACUGUAGCAGGAGACUGCCCCCCCCACCACACAAUGUUCACAACGACAACAAAUGUCCAUUUGUAUUUUAUGUCCCCCUUUAUAAAAUGUUGGUGCUUUUUUGACUCCUUAGUGAUGAUUUCCUAUUUAUUUGUAUUUGUGUGUGUAGUUAAAUUUUAUGAUACAUGAUUUUUUUGAAAGAAGAUGUAAAUUUAAAUAAUUUCUAAUCAGUUUUUGACUUUUUUUUAUUUUGUCAGAGCAUAAUGGAUUGUGGUUUGUUGUGAUGGAUUUUAAAUUUUUACUUAGGUAUUUUCUAGGAAAAAAGGCCUUUUGGAAAGCAAACUACAGGGUCAUUUUGAUAGUCCAAAUGUAGACGUUGGAGCUAUUUCCUCCAAAAAAAAGGCACCAAAAAAAAGACAUAUACCAGCUAUAAUGUGGAUGUUUGUAGAUGUUAUAAGUGUGUAUGUGCAGAAAGAAAAAGUGGUUAUCUAUAAAUGGACAAAGAUGGAGAGGAUGCCGCACAAAACAAGAAGAAUCUGCUUGAAGAAACUGCAUUCUGAGAAAGGUAGUAGAUACCUAUUUAAUCUCUUUUAAUUCAGAAAUUUUACCUUGUUUUUCCAGAAAAUUUCAGUAUCUUUGACCUCGCAGAAUCAGAUCCGUAGUCACUGAUGUCAUCUAGGAUUUAUUCACGUACACGUUUCAAACCUCAGAAAUGAUCAGAAUAGAAGGAAUUCUGUUAGCAGUCUAAUUUUGACUCCCUGCCUCAACCCGCUGACUCGCUCUCCAUCUGCCAGACAACAGCACAAUACGUAAACCGCUGAGCUCCCUCAUGGCGGCCUCGGCGAGCACUUUGCCACGCUUGCUUGGAAGAACACAGUUGUCACAAAAAUGGUGCUGUUUUUCUAGUUUGUCCUCAAACGUACCUUAUUGUUCCUUCCCCUGCGACUACCUACUACCAGAGUUGAGAGCUCUGAAGUGUUUCCUGGAGAUGUCUCUACUAAAGCACACAAACAAGCACAGAAGACAAAGAGCAUGGUCACCUUUUUUUUUAUAUCACUGGUUCAGAUUGUUAUCGACUCGCCUCGAGGGGCCAAAAGCCGUCAUGUAUUAUCUUUGUACAGAAUAAUAAUUUUGACUGAGACCCAGUCUUGUGCUUCUCUGUGGGAAUAUGCAUGGCCACUGUUUUGAGUACCUGUUCACAUUUUAAUAUGGUGUUUGGAUUGGCUUUUUUAAUUUUUUGGUCUAAUGAUGUUUCCAGCACAAUUAAAAGUGUACUUUUUUUUAAAUCUUAAAGUCACAGUGUUCUGCAUUACAAUGGAUUUUAUUUAUUUAUUCUUCUUCAGGAUGGCAAAAUAUUUCAAAAUAUUAUGGUAUACAUUAUAGAUUCUCAGGUUUAUAGAGAUAAUAUAUUGUAACAGUUUUAAAAGCUUCCUUCCCAUCAUCUAGCUCACUACCUGUAGAGAUGAAUACACAUUUGUCCUCACAGUCUUGUAGUAAAAUAACACCUGAAGCACUAAACAGUUACUGCAUAGGCUACACACUGUCACUAAACACACUAACUCAUUGUCAGUUAGUUUUUAUGUCAGUUGCAUUUCAAGUUCAGAUGUACUUUUUUGUGUCUUGUGCCAAAUUUGAGUGCCAUUUUCUAUUUUUAUUUCAGGAUCAUCUUAAACGUUUUUCAUUCAAAUUUACCACGUAAAAAGGUUUGCAAUACUGAAAUGUUAUUUUCUACCUGAAAAUUGUACAAUCAAUGAAAAUUGCUGUUUUCUUGUAUCUGGUUUAGCGUUUUACCAGAAGUGUUUAGCAUUGUAUGGAUGUCACUACAGUAUAUAUGUGUUUUUGUUAGACACAUUUCCAUAUCUUGCAUAGUAUAGAUAAAUACUCAUUACUGACGUUGUUCAGGGGUAUGUGCAAUUACAGAUCCAUAGAGGGAUUAUGAAAUAGAAUGACAAAUUACAAUAUCAGA